AUGUCGACCCUAUCCGCCGGCGUCGUGGGCGUACGUCAAUCCGGCUCGUCCGGCAACAGCCCGGUCUACGAUCUACCCUUUGGCACCGUCCAGCUCGCCUCUUCCUCCAAAGACGGCUCUGGCAAUUUCGACCUUGCGCCUGGCUUUGCUGCUUCCGCCGACUACGAGAAUCAGGAAGACGAAGACGACGAGGAGGGUGACGACGACGACGGCGAUUCCGAAGAUGGCAAGGGCAAAGGCAAGAAGGGCAAGCGGGCUCGCUCCGAAGCAAAAGGGGAGCGCGAUCUCAAGACCGGUCGCCGCAAGAUCAAGAUCGAGUUUAUCGACGACGAUGCUCGCCGACACAUCACCUUCAGCAAACGCAAAGCCGGUAUCAUGAAAAAGGCCUACGAAUUGGCUACAUUGACGGGAACCCAGGUGCUGCUGCUCGUGGUAUCGCAGACGGGUCUCGUGUAUACCUUUACCACACCAAAACUGCAAGCGCUGGUGACACAAGCCGAGGGACGAAACCUCAUCCAGGCGUGUCUCAAUGCUCCAGACCCGCCCAACGGCGGUGCAGACAGCGAUGGUGAGGAUCAGUCGGGCGACGAGGGCAGUGAUGCCGGAGAAGGGUCGUCUCCAUCCGAGUCGCAGGCCAGCUCCAACAAGAGAGCAGUGCAGAACAGGAAGCGUCCUCGUACCGCCUCGACCAGCAAAUCUUCCAGCGCGUCUGCAUCUGUCGCUGGUACUGCAGCCGCUGGUGGCGAAGAAGAUCCCGCUGCAGCAGCUGCUUCCGGAUCACAGCUCGCCACAGCGAAACGCGGACGUGGUCGACCUCGCAAAAACACCGCCGCGCAGGCCUCAACCUCGAGCAACGAGACGCAUCCCAUGCCUCCCCCGCCCGCCAUGCAUCAAAGCUUCUCCGACGACGCCGUCCACCAGCAUCAUCAACACCAACAGCAAUCUCACCCUCAGCACCAACAACCACAAUACACACACGUCCCCUCUGGCGACUUCCCCAACUACACCGCAGGCGGCUUCUACGGCGAUGCUUCUGCUGCAACAGCCAACCACGAUCUUGGCUUCGGUCAACCCAACGGCCUCUCCGUCGACGGUCAACCGAACUGGGCUCAAUCCAUGCCGUCCAAUCCAAACCAAAUGUUCGACCCCUCCCAUCAUCAACACCAGCAGCAGCAACAUCAAGCGAGUCAACAACAGCAACAGCAGCAACAGCAGCAGCAGCAGCAGCAGCAGCAGCAGCAACCGCCAGCGGCCUUCAACUACGCAGCUCAGCAUUUCGGCCACUUCAACCCUCAACAGCUCAACGCCAUGCAACCGCAAGAGAUUCAAGCUCCCAGACCCGCGUGGUAG